GCUCUCUCCACAAUGGUACAGGCAGCAUCUUGCAGCACAAUGGUCGCAAGGUGGUGAGCAGAGGGAAAGAGCAAGUGAUUCAGCAUCCGACAGUCUCCUUAUCCGUCCACCUCUGCUUCUUUUACUCCCCCAUCGCCAUUUUCUUUUGACAUUUAGCCCUUUCCUCCAUCUUUAUGCCCGGGUGCAGCGGACAUGGUCGGCGUGCUGUUUUCCGUGAGGAUGUUUUGAGCAGGACUGUCACAGGACUGGGCUCGUCAUCAGCUGGCACGGAAUGGUCUUUAUGAGCAGGCAUUUCUUAUACAACUGCAGUCAACCGAUCCUGGAUGUGAAGAUAGCCUUUUGUCAGGUGUGUGUUCCAUACAGGUAAAAAGGGAUUUGGAAAACAAGUGGAUGUGUCAUAUAUUGCCCAGCAUUACAACAUGAGCAAAAGUAAAGUGGACAACCAGUUCUACAGCGUGGAAGUGGGAGAUUCUACCUUCACAGUCCUAAAGCGCUAUCAGAAUCUAAAGCCCAUCGGCUCCGGAGCUCAGGGAAUAGUUUGUGCGGGCUAUGAUGCUGUUUUGGACAGAAACGUGGCCAUAAAGAAGCUGAGCCGACCCUUCCAGAACCAGACUCAUGCAAAGCGAGCAUACAGGGAGCUGGUGCUCAUGAAGUGUGUCAAUCAUAAAAAUAUUAUCAGUUUAUUAAAUGUCUUCACGCCACAGAAAUCUUUAGAGGAAUUCCAGGAUGUGUACCUAGUGAUGGAGCUGAUGGACGCCAACUUGUGCCAGGUGAUUCAGAUGGAGCUGGAUCAUGAACGAAUGUCUUACCUGCUUUACCAGAUGCUGUGUGGGAUCAAACAUCUGCACUCCGCCGGCAUCAUCCACAGGGAUCUAAAACCAAGCAAUAUAGUAGUGAAGUCCGACUGCACUCUGAAGAUCCUGGAUUUCGGUUUGGCCAGGACCGCGGGCACCAGCUUCAUGAUGACGCCCUACGUGGUGACGAGAUACUACAGAGCUCCCGAAGUCAUUCUGGGGAUGGGCUACAAAGAAAAUGUGGAUAUUUGGUCAGUGGGAUGCAUUAUGGGAGAGAUGGUGCGCCAUAAAAUUCUUUUCCCGGGGAGAGAUUACAUUGAUCAGUGGAACAAAGUGAUUGAGCAGCUCGGGACUCCCUCUCCAGAGUUCAUGAAGAAGCUGCAGCCCACAGUCAGGAACUACGUGGAGAACAGGCCCAAGUACGCCGGCCUCACCUUCCCCAAACUGUUCCCCGACUGCCUGUUUCCCGCUGACUCUGAGCACAACAAACUCAAAGCGAGCCAGGCCAGAGACCUGCUGUCUAAAAUGCUGAUCAUAGACCCGGCUAAGCGGAUAUCAGUGGACGAGGCCUUACAACACCCCUACAUUAACGUGUGGUACGAUCCGGCCGAGGUGGAGGCGGUGAGUUCGCCUUAUCAACGGACCAUUGAUCCACUUCUUUCUGUCUUUGAUUGGCCUCCACCUCAGAUCUACGAUAAACAACUGGAUGAGAGAGAACAUUCUAUUGAUGAAUGGAAAGAGUUAAUUUACAAAGAGGUGAUGAACUUUGAGGAGAGAACGAAGAAUGGCGUAGUGAAGGGACAGCCUUCACCUUCAGGUGCAGCCGUGAACAGCAGUGACAGCCUCCCUCCAUCCUCCUCCAUCAACGAUAUCUCAUCCAUGUCCACCGACCAGACCCUGGCCUCAGACACUGACAGCAGCUUGGAGACCUCUGCUGGACCCCUCGGGUGCUGCAGGUGACUAGCCGCCUGCCUGCGCAACCCCAUGUUCUUCAGGAGGUGAACGAACAACCUUCAAGAAAAAGACAAAAAAAUGUAAAAAGAAAAAAAAAAACCCCAACUGAAAUGAAAUCUUAAGCCUGUGCAUUGUUGUUCAAAAUCAGCAGUGGUAUUUAAAGUUAAAUAAGAGUAUAAUGUUAAUUAACCUUGUUGCUUUACGUAUAAACUGACCCUUAUGUUUUAAAUGGCAAAAUGACCGCUUAAAUCUGCAUUUCUUGUGAAUUUGCAUAUUGGCUGGCUGCUGGUGUCCCAACUCUUUACACAGGCAUUUAAACUCAAUCCACUGUGGCAAGGUGGGCCGCCAUUUCGCUUACCGCCAAUGUACAAUGUAAACAUCCUACCUUUUAUGUGACAACACUGCUGUAUUUAACUCUCAACACCCAUUCACCACUCAUACGCCCUCAAUGAACGGUUGCCUGAUUUGUGCAUUUAUGUGUAAUUCUGCAGGGAUUUGUAGAUUUGUAGGGAUUUCUUGCACAUGGGGCCGCACCCCCUAUAUGCUUCAUGUAAAUAAUGUAAUUCUGUACAGUUGUAAGACAGAGUACACAGAGUGGGACAGAAGGCCAGUACAAUAUUGAGUUUUUCUGUUUUACUAUUCCGCACCUUGCCACAUAACUGCUUUACACUUGUGUUGCCCCCCACUAUACCAUGACUUUUUGCUGUUAUAUUGCAUGGUUAGGCUGAAAACAAUGCUAAUCUCACUGUAUGCUAAAUACACGUCUGUAUAAAAAUGAUCUAUGUAAACUAACAUGAACAAACGG